AUGUCCAGCAACAAACAAGGCGGAAAGGAUGAAUAUCCGCUGCCCAUCAGCCACCGUGACAAAAAGGUCUUGACCCGCAAAUCAUCGAGGCAGGCGUCAAUCAGAACCUGCUGCAGCUCCCUUCCGGACCAUAUGCACGGUGUUCUCCCCACAGGAUCAGAGACAGAAGAGGAAGGGGGACGGCGCCUGUCUGUCUCUCUAGCUUCGUCUCGGGAUAGCACACAUUUUCUUUUCACGUUGCAACAUCAGAAGAGGCAUGAGAAGAACCAUGGCCCUGGAUCAAUGCACACGGAGAUGAAGCUUGUUCUCAUUUCAGACUUGAUUGUUCUGAUUGUGCUGCUGCUAUGGAAGCAGUUACACUGUUGAUCAUACAAUCUAGUCACACUGGUGCAGGUGUGAGUUGUUCCUCUUUAUUUCACCAUCAGACUUCGCCUGUGGAGAUCCCUGUCCAUGUGGGGAAUGCUCUCAGUUGUUACCAAUGACAUAAUUUUCAGAGCAACCUGCAAGACUCUCUCAGGAAGAAUAACACAAUAUGUCCUUUUUUUGUUGAUCUAUAGAUGGUUCCUCCUGCUCUAUAGACUGAGUUGUGCAAUUGGAAUUGUGGGUUAUCUAGCCAUAACGUUUACCAUGUUUGGAUUUAAUUUAUUUGUUAGAUAGGUAUCAAUGAAGUCUGAUGACUCCAUGGAUUUUGGUGUGAUGCUGCUUUUUUACAGACUGUGCUAUGGAGUGAUGGGAAGAGACUUCACAGAGAUUUGUUCUGACAACAAGGCUUCCGCCAUUGGUUUUUACAUCAUCAGUGGCAUACCAAUAAGAAAUUUGUCCAGUGACAUCUGCGUAGUCUGAGGGCAGAAAAUUUUUGUGGAUAUAAAUGAAGAAGGGAUCAUUGAAAAUACCUACCAGCUGUCCUAUAAUCAUGUCUUUCAUGAAUUCACCACCAUCUGCGGUUGGUUCAUUGCUGGCAAGAACCAGGCUUGCCCAUACUGCCCUGAGACAGCUGAUUUGAAAAGGAUGUUAAGCCCCUUCCUUAACAACAGAUUAGGUGGGAACGCUCAUGUAUUUUAUGAACAACUUUUGGACUGGCUCUGCUGUCUGGUGGUUUGACCAACAGUUGCUGUAGGCAUCGUCCAAGGCAUUAAUUACUCACUGGGUCUAGAAUAG